AUCCAAACUACAAGCCAGAGGGCGCUGAAACCACGACGCUGACAACAAAGACGACGAUGGCGACAGAGAAAACCACGACAAGCCGACUGACUCCUGCUGCCACGACAAAAGUCACCGAUCCAACAGAAUAUCCGUUCAUCAUGAAGACAACCACGGAGCCACCUAUGACGACAACAGAACCUACGACUCCUGCUCCCUCAUUCACUACCACCCCCACCACGACACCAACGCCAUCUACCCACCACACCGAGUACUGUCAACCGACGGAUGUUAGAAACGUAAGCUGGCCAAGAACUGCGAGCGGAGAGAAGGCAGUCAUGGCCUGCCCAGGCAACAGACAAGGCAUGGCGGCUUGGAGGUGCAUUCUCGAUCCAGACAAGGGCGCCAUCUGGUGGCCAGCUUCCCCCGACCUCAGCAACUGCGUCUCUGCUUCCGUCUCUGCACUCAGCAGCCGGCUCAACGAUGGGGAGUCGGUUACCUCCGUUGCUAUGGAGAUGAGCACUGCAACAGCAUCGGGUGGCUUGGUGGGAGGCGAUCUGGUUGUCACGACGACGGUGAUGCAAGAUAUGCUGACGCGAGCGGCUAACGAACUGCAUCAUGUUAAUGAGUGGGACAUGUGGACCGAGGCUAUGGUGAACACAGGUAGCAACAUGCUAGCGGAGGAGGAGAGUCAGUGUUGGGAGGACCUCCCUGCGAUGACGAGGCUGCGCACGGCAACCACGUUGCUAAUGACGAUGGAGGAGAAUGCCAACAUGCUAGCAUCCCGCAUCGACACGACAUACAGCCAGGACAAACCGAGCGCCAACAUGCUGAUGAGCAUUCACAUUGUGAAUGCGACGACGGUGCCAUAUGUGGAGUACCCAAAUCCUGGCGGCAGCGGCAGCGCCACCUACUGGCAGCAGAGCACCAUUCGACUCAGUACAAAGGCCUUCCCUCGCCACAAACCCGGCUUGGUCAAGAUGGUGUUCCUGAGUUACAACAACAUAGGAGACUAUCUAGAACCUGCCACCAGGAGGCGCUCUGGUACGACGAACACGAUUGUUAACUCAAUGGUGCUGUCGGCUUCGUAUGGUGAGCAGCACCACAAGGUGGCACCACUAUCUGAGCCAAUACUUCUCACGUUGAAACACAUCAAGCCUGGACUGAUCAACCCAACCUGCGCCUUCUGGAACUUCAGCGACAGCACAUACUUGGGUCAGUGGUCAGACUUUGGUUGUGUGGUUGCAUCCAGUAAUGCCACACACACUGUUUGUAGCUGCAACCAUCUCACCAACUUUGCUGUACUCAUGGAUAUAACAGGAAUAGAGAUCUCGGCUGCUAACGUGUUGGCAUUGGACAUCAUCACCUACAUCGGCUGCAUCGUCUCCAUCGGCUGUCUGCUCGUCUGCUUUCUAACCUUCACCUUCUGCAGAGGACUACAGAAUGAUCGCAACACGAUACAUCAGAAUCUCAGCUUGUGUCUCCUCCUUGCUGAACUAGUGUUUGUCAUCGGCAUCAGCCAAACAGAGAACAAGGUGGCGUGUGCGAUAAUCGCUGGUGUAAUGCAUUACUUCUUCCUGGGCGCGUUUGCGUGGAUGUUCCUGGAAGGUCUGCAGCUCUACAUCAUGCUGGUGGAGGUGUUUGAGGCGGAGAGAUCGCGCAGCAAAUACUAUUGCCUCAUCGGCUAAUGAGAAGGAGGAACGUGCAAGUUUCCUGUGUAAUGGCGACAACCAGCCGCUAUUGGACGGCGCCCAGCACCGCAAGAGCCAAUCAGAGGACAGCGACUCCUCCGCCCCCACGUGUGACGACACACAAACAACACCAGGGAGCGCUGUGUGCACCGAGGAUACUCCCGAGGAAAACCCGUCUCAGAGAUCUGCCUCAGCAUCGCCCCCUGGUGGGGAGUGUGGUAAACAGGAUGAGAUGCGCGGAAGUUUUCCCCGGCUGGAUGCGAGGGAGAGAUCCUCUCUCUCUAAGCGGGAGCACAGUCUUCCAGAUUUAAAUGAAGGGGAGAAGGAUCGACAGCGCGCAAACUCCCUGCAGAGACAUAACAGUGAGAGACCCUUCAAGCCGGUCAUCCCACCUGAGCAGGAUGACCAUGAGGUGGACAGCCAGACAUAUGACCCUGCUGGCUUCAGUGAAUGCUGACCCUAUAGUGGCAACAGCCGGGUGUGUGUGUGUGUGUGUGUGACCCUGCUGGCAGCAGUGAAUGCUGACCCUGAUCCAUGAGGAGGCAACCACAUGUACUGAUGGAUACAAUGGAAGUAGAGGAACUGUGGACAUGGCCAGUGAGCAUGAAGUCUGCAAUCACGGGGUAAAUGUGAGUCAUUAUCCAUAAUCAAGACCACAGCACGAGUCUGCGUGCGUGUGUACGUGCAUACGUGUGUGUGGCAUGUAUGUGUUAUACCUACCGCCUGUUUGCUCCACAUAUAAUUACUUGGUGGACCACCAAUACUACAUGGAAACGACAGGUUUUGCGCUAGAAUGACCCAAACUGCAACAAUGAACCAUCUGGCUGCAUCUCUGAAGUCAUCCAGCUGGUCGCUAUAUUAUACACCAGUUGGCGUUGCAGGAUGUCAGCCAUUUCCACGUGAUAGCACUUGGUGUUUGUUUCGUUGGGUUGUGAGAAUCGUUCAGCAAAUCUUUUACACGCAAGCAGCUACUGUCAAGGAUACAUAAUAUUUAUGUUUUGAUUAUUAAUUCAGCAGUGUUAAGUGUGUGUUUACACUCAAGCAGCUACUGUCAAGGAUACAUAAUAUCUAUGUUUUUAUUAUUAAUUCAGAAGUGUUAAGUGUGUGUCUACACUUCUGCACAUUCAGCAGUGUUAAGUGUGUGUCUACACUUCCCCACAUUCAGCAGUGUUAAGUGUGUGUCUACACUUCCCCACAUUCAGCAGUGUUAAGUGUGUGUCUACACUUCCCCACAUUCAGCAGUGUUAAGUGUGUGUCUACACUUCUGCACAUUCAGCAGUGUUAAGUGUGUGUCUACACUUCUGCACAUUCAGCAGUGUUAAGUGUGUGUGUCUACACUUCUCCACAUUUGUGUUGUGAAGGUUGUUUUUGGAAUACGUAGAAGACAAAUUUGCUACCCUACCUAUUGUGACGAUGUUAGUGCAUAGAAGCAGCUACUGUUAAUUUCUUAAACAUACAUUCCAUUUGUGUUUUGAAACGUUGAGCAUUCAAGUGUCAAAUGCGUGUGGUUAUUUUUAUUAUGGUAUCUCAUUCCUUCAUGUUGGAUAUUAUAGCCCAUCCUUAAAGAUAUCUUCUUUGCCGUAAAUCAGGAAUCAGCAGUGUUUUAUUAUUAUUUCCUAUGUCUGUAUGUUUUAUUAUGGAAUACUCCACAAAAUAGGGCCCGUGAUAUUUUCUGACAGGUUUACUGGGAAUAAAUCCUCUAAGGGUGGGCUGAAUUAUUCCGAUUCCAGUAAGUAAUCCAAUACAUUCCAAUAGGUGACAUAUAUGUAGUGCACACCAUAAGUGUCUGCAGGUGUACAUGACUAUGUGACUGAGUGUCACUUCAGUAGAGUGCUACUGUUGUUGUUGAGAGGUUUUUAGUUGUGUCGGUUUCAACCCGACCAAUCAUGAUCUUGUAAAUUAAUGAUGAUUUGAUGAUUGCAUUGUGUUGUGGAGUAUUUAUUUUAAUGUUGUGAUAGUUUGUACUAUUUUAUUUGAAUUCAUUCCAACGACCGGAGGAUUUUGUGCACAUUUCAAUGUCGAGAACAUAAAGAUAUUUUUAAUUUAGUUUAUGUUGUCCUCCCGAUCAAUACUGAAGAAUAGCCCUGAUUGUGUUAGUGAUUUUUUGUUUCUGGCUGGCCCAGAAUGUCUGAUUGUUCCGAGUGAUUCUCAGAAAUCUAAAAGCUCGCUCGUUAAUUUUUCUAAGCAUUUUCGUUAAUCAAAGAUUAAAAUUGUGCAUCGGCAUGGUUUUGUAAGAACCGAAUGUCGUGAUUGGUUCUAUGGAUGGUAAAGCGGCCCUGGUGGCAGAUAGAGAGUGCAGAUACGGUGCGAGCAUAGAUAUAUAUACCAACCAAGGUAUAUAUAUUGGUUGGUAUAUAUAUCUAUGGUGCGAGCCAGCAAGUCAAAGCAGCGAGCCAUGUGAGCUAUUGAAAAAUAAAAAAUAAAUCGAAAAUAUAGUGCAUUCAGCUGCUCAAGGGCAAAAGGACUGGUCGGUAAAUUCUUGUGAAAUCCACUCGUUUAUAUUGUUUCCGAGUCUCUAGCUCCGUAGUUGCAUAUGGCACGCGCUAAUUUGAGUUUGUUACCGUAAACUCCUAGUUGUAAGCCCUGGGCUUAAUUAUACUUGAAAGGCAUUUUUUUGCCCUUAGAACAAUAGAUAAACAAUGAUAAUGAUACUGAUACGCGUAAUAAUGGGCUUGUAAGCGGAGUGAAUGUUCUGAAUUGAUUAAUCUGAAAUGUUCGAAUGAUCGAGCACGCCGUUCGAGCGUUUCGCAAGGAAGAUCGCAGCACAGGAGGGGAAAUCGAGAUAAGGAGGGGUGAGAAAGUCGCGAUUUUGUCGCGCUCUUUCCAGACUCCAGCGCGUCCAACAUGGCGACCACGUUGCCAUGACUUUUUCGAUGGCUCACUGGCUCGCAGAUUGUCCGGACCCGCAGAUAGAAUAGAAUUAGUUUAGUUUUGAAGUGGAAUGCAAUUUAAUUUGAACAGAUUGUAAUUUCUAAAGUAAAAUCAUCAAUUUAUUGAAGAACCUUUUCAUUUGUUUUCGGUGUAAAUUGUGUCAGUGUGUACACGUGUGUAUAGGUUAGCCAAAUAGAGAGUAUAAUGUUAAUAGUUAGAUUCUUCGAUGGCGAUUAAACUGGAUUAAUGUCUUGUCUCUGCUUGUUAUUGCCUGACUAAGAACGAUAACAGCAGGUUACAUAUCCCUCGACCUUCCUUGAUAGUAGAAUGAGAUAAUGUAUUCAUUAAUUUCCACACAAUGGUGUAGGAUGCAUUUUAGGAUAUCAUAGCCAAUGUGUCGUAGAAUACUAGUACUCUAUGUAUAUAGUCCAUAAAUACAUAGUACUAUUCUAUCAAGUGCACAUAAAGGGGUUAUGAUCUUCAGAUUCUAUGUACAUGUCAAUCUACGUUCUCAUUGAGAUCCUAUAAAACACACCAGCAAUACUUCACACUAAUAACAAUAUACACUGGAUUUGCUGAUAAUUCCAGCAGUCGUCAGAGAUUUGUCCACAACUUGUUUAGUUUAAACAAUUUUUGCAAUGCUUCCUAGUAUAGUAAUGAACAUAUCUUUACUACUAGCUGCUAUUGCUACUACUAGAGUAUAAAUGUGUUUAUACUGUAAUGUACUCCGUUCUAUAUGUGCCACCCAACCGCGCCAGCCUGCAUUAGAUGUUCUUGAUGUCAGCGCGCCUUAGUGUAUUUACUCUGUUCUGUAAGUUUUCUCCAAACCGUUAAACAUGUGUUGAUUUUAUAAUCUCCGAUUUAUAGGUAGAAGUGAAACCUACAAAGUAUCGAAAGCAUUCCUUCUUUUACAUAAAAAUGCGCUUUAUUUACUAGUAAAAAUUGGCUAUAUAUAUAUACAUGUAUGUAUGUAUCGUGUUCCACUAGUGGAAUUACAACGUGUACUAUUGUUGUAAGAGGUCAUAGUUAUAACUAAGCCGUAACACAAAUUAUGUAAAUAUCGCAUAUACUGUUUGUCUUACA